AUGAAGCUGGAUCUUCUCAUUCUUCAGACUGAUGUACUGGCCCUGGUGGAUGCCUUUGAGGAUCUGGGAAAUCCCUUCAUGGAGGAUAGUGGGGAUUUAGAUGAAUCAGUUGUCAUGCCCCCAGAUGUGGUACACAGUGUAAGGGAAGUGAAGAACAUUGGAAUGAAAAGAUACACAGUAUUUGUUGACAAACGAGUCAGGUCACAAGAAGAGGCAUUCACAGCUCCAAUACCACUCACCAGGCUGAAGUUGUUCAAGGCUCCAUUUUCCCAACGAUGCAACAAAUCAGAAGUGGCUGUGGUCAAAGACCAACAAGCAAAAGUGACCCAACUUUUGCUGGCUGUUCAUUCUGGUUGCAAAAUUGAUGAGAGAGUGUUUUCACAUGAAAGUUCUCCCCAUCCACCUUCACUCACUCGGAAGGGAAAAAUGCAUCAUGGAAACAAGAGUGAGAUUCUAGAUUGCAUUGUACCCAGAGAUUUGGACAACCACAGACCAGUGACAACUGCAGCUGUGCUAGAUGGUGAUGUCCUUGUUCAAAUGCUUCGUCCUGGAAGUGCCGUGACCAUUGGACAAUAUUUCACAGAUGUGUUUGCUCCAUACAUCCUUUCCUGGUUUGAAAGAAAUGACUGUGUUGAUAUUGUCUGGGAUGUCUGCUCAAAGACAAGUCUAAAGUCCGGAAUUCGGGAGCAAAGAGGCACCGAUGCAAGAAGGAGAGUUGCUCUCUCAGCCAAAGUUCCUGGCAACUGGGCUUCCUUCCUACGAGUGGAUCUGAACAAGAAGGAGUUGUUCAUGGAGCUGGCCAAAAGUUUGACUCUCAGGACACUUCCACAGGGAAGGGAGCUCUUCACUACUAUGCUUGAGGACUGUCUAAGUUCACCAGCUAGCACUGACACUGAUGCACUGGCCCCAUGCACACAUAAGGAAGCCGAUACACGGAUCUUCAUAUAUGUGGCUGCAGCUGCUGUUGCUGGACAUCGUCGAGUGAUUGUUCGGAGCAGUGAUAGUGAUGUUGUAGUACUGGCCAUUGCCACCUUUGUAGCCCUUGGACAGAAGAUCGACGAACUCUGGAUUGCCUUUGGAGUACGGCGACACUUCAGGUACAGAUCAUUUCAUUCUUUUAGCUCUGAUUUCAUCAGACCAAUCAAUAACCAUUUUUCUUUUACCAGGUAUAUUCCAGCACAUGCUAUUGCUCACAGUCUUGGACCAUCCAAGGCAAUGGCACUGCCAGCAUUUCAUGCCCUAACAGGGUAUUUUUUUUUUUUUUUUUAAAUCCCGUUCACUGUGUUCCUUACAGUGUUGUUUUGUUUUCCAGGUGUUCUAUCCAGGAACACGGAUUCACCCAUUAGAGGAGUCUUUGUUACAAUCACUGAGACACAUUCAGUGCACAAUUAUUUUCCAUUUAACAUUUUUAUUUAUUAUACAUUACACUGUAGAAACCAGGUUUUACUUUGACUUAGGAAGACUUUUUAAUUUUCAGUAAAAGCGAAUUAAACUGACCAUGAGUUAAUGUCAUGCACAGACAUUUUGGGGAGCAGGUGCUCAGUGGAAAAAAGGGAACUUUGUGCAGUGUGUAGAACAUUAGGCUAGGUUAAACGGGAAUUUUUUACAUUAUCUUCAAGUUAAAAAUAUUAUUAAGAAAAGAAUCCCAACACUUCAAAGCACGCUCCGGCCGCCGGCAUUAGCUGAAGCAAUCAUAAAGCUUUCUCCGACAACAACUAAAACCCUCUCUAAAAUAUAUAAGUUACUCUUAAGCACUGAUACAAUACAUUUACCUAUCUCUAAAUAGGAGUCAGAUCUAUCUAUAUCUCCGGAACCAGACUUCGGGACUCAAAUUUGCGAUAAUGCAUUUAAAAUGACAAAACACACAAACUUACAACUCAUCCAAUACAAAAUCCUCCAUAGAACACAUAUUACUCAAUAUAUGAUGAACAAAAUGGGAUUCUCCGACUCCGACAUCUGUCUCCAGUGCUCCCAGAACACUGCUGAUACUUAUUUUCAUGCUCUAUGGCUGUGCACCCCCGUAAAAAAUUUCUGGACCAACGUCUCAGAAAAGCUUUCCGCAAUCUUAAACUGCAGGAUUCCUUUAUCUCCAAGUCUGUGUUUACUCGGCGACUUAACAACAACGGACCUACCACGCAAACAAUCUCAAUCCUUACUUGUAGCCCUCGCCGUUGCCAAAAAAAACAAUCCUUGUUAACUGGAAAAAUAAGCAAUCUCUGAACAUUAAUCUCUGGUUGAACCUCCUAAUAAACCACAUUUCAAUGGAGAAAAUCUCUGCUUCAAAUAAAAAUCAGUUGUUAAAUUUUAUACAAACAUGGUCACCGUAUGUUAACUCCCCUAACUUAAACCUGGUAACCUGACUCUGCCUGUUAGCGAGAACCACCACAUCACCCCAAUAUAUGUUGCUGCUUAUGUAUGUUGGCAUUGCGUAACUAAUGAUUGUCUUCAGUUAGGAACCCAGUCGCUGUCAGCAGGAUCGAGCGGGCCGUAUCAACGACAACUUACAGUCAACAACUCCCCAGGUGUAUGGGGGGGGCACUGGGCACGCGCGCACCUCCCUCCACCUGGCUGGGUGGGGCCCCGUGGGGGAAGUGGGGCUGUGGGCCGGUGGGGCGCCGUGGGGGUCUGCUAUGGUCCGUUCUGCUGCGCGGGCCUUGGGGCUCUGGCUGUGUCGGGGGGGGGCCGCUCCGGGCUACUGGGCUGGGUCUCCGCUUGGUGGCUCCUGCGGGGGGGCUGGGUGAACCUCCUUGGGCUGGAGGAGACAGCUCCCUCCUUUUGGUGGAGGUUUUCAUGCAUGCCAGACCCACCACACCGGCACCUACCCAAACUCAAUAGAGUUUGUUCCUCCGGUUACUGAGUCAGUGGAGGUUGCUGGGUUAGUGUCUGUGGAUCUCACUCUGCUUUAUCUAUCCUUCUUGUGGCCUCCUGACAUCUUCAUGAUUGAUCCAGUUGGGACUUUGUCGUAUUAGGUGUUUGUGAAGGGUUUCAGAUUUGUAAAUGGUUUUAAGGUGUGAAUUAAAGAGUACAAACAAAUAAAAUGCACCUUUUCUCUUAGAA